GGCCUGCACCGGCCAGGCAAGAUGGCGACCAUGGAGACCGAGUCGGUGUCGCUGACUCUAGAAUCGCUGCCCACCGAUCCCCUGCUCCUCAUCUUAUCCUUCUUGGACUACCGGGACCUAAUCAAUUGUUGCUAUGUCAGUCGAAGACUUAGCCAGCUAUCAAGUCAUGAUCCACUGUGGAGAAGACAUUGCAAAAAAUACUGGCUGAUAUCUGAGGAUGAGAAAAACCAGAAGAAUCAGUGUUGGAAAUCUCUCUUCAUAGAUACUUACUCUGAUGUAGGAAGAUACAUUGACCAUUAUGCUGCUAUUAAAAAGGCCUGGGAUGAUCUCAAGAAAUACUUAGAACCCAGAUGUCCUCGGAUGGUUUUAUCUUUGAAAGAGGGUGCCCGAGAAGAAGACCUCGAUGCUGUGGAAGCUCAAAUUGGUUGCAAACUACCUGAUGAUUAUCGAUGUUCAUAUCGCAUCCACAAUGGACAGAAGUUAGUGGUUCCUGGGCUGCUGGGAAGUAUGGCGCUGUCUAAUCACUACCGUUCUGAGGAUUUGUUAGACGUGGACACAGCUGCUGGAGGCUUUCAGCAGAGACAGGGACUGAAAUACUGUCUCCCUUUAACAUUUUGCAUACAUACUGGGUUGAGUCAGUACAUAGCAGUGGAAGCUGCAGAGGGCCGAAACAAAAAUGAAGUUUUCUACCAAUGUCCAGACCAAAUGGCUCGGAAUCCAGCUGCUAUUGACAUGUUUAUUAUAGGUGCUACUUUUACUGAUUGGUUUACUUCUUACGUCAACAAUGUCGUAUCAGGUGGCUUUCCUAUCAUCAGAGACCAAAUUUUCAGAUAUGUUCAUGAUCCAGAGUGUGUAGCAACAACUGGGGAUAUUACAGUUUCAGUUUCCACAUCAUUCCUGCCUGAACUGAGCUCUGUGCAUCCACCCCACUAUUUCUUCACAUACCGAAUCAGAAUUGAAAUGUCAAAGGAUGCACUUCCUGAAAAGGCUUGUCAGUUGGAUAGUCGCUACUGGAGAAUAACCAAUGCUAAAGGUGAUGUAGAAGAAGUUCAAGGGCCUGGAGUAGUGGGUGAAUUCCCCAUCAUCAGCCCAGGUCGGGUAUAUGAAUACACAAGUUGUACCACCUUCUCUACAACAUCAGGAUAUAUGGAAGGAUAUUAUACCUUCCAUUUUCUUUACUUCAAAGACAAGAUCUUUAAUGUUGCCAUUCCCCGAUUCCACAUGGCUUGUCCAACAUUCAGGGUAUCUAUAGCUCGGUUGGAAAUGGGCCCUGAUGAAUAUGAAGAAAUGGAGGAGGAAGAAGAGGAGGAAGAGGAGGAAGAGGAUGAUGAUGAUUCAGCAGAUAUGGAUGAAUCUGAUGAAGAUGAUGAGGAAGAGAGGCGGAGGAGAGUCUUUGAUGUGCCCAUUCGCAGACGCCGCUGCUCUCGCCUUUUUUAGCAAGCCUCUGCUGAUGGGGCACUGGAAUGAAUCCAGUCUGUUACAUAGAUUUCUCAAUAAUGUAAAUAAGUAAAUUGUUCUCAGCAUAUCGCAGGAAAACUAGCAUGAAAUAUUGUUCUGGGCCUGGGUUCUUUGCAACACUACAUUAGGAAUUGGAUUAUUUUGGUUUUGCUUUGUGUUUUUGAGGUAGAAGAAGAAAUGGGAGUGUUUUUUUUUUUUUUCCUCUCUCUCUCCUAGAAGCCCAUGGGAGAAUAUUUCUUUAGCUAAGAAACAGACAUUUCUUUGUUUUAAAUAUUUUGUACUUACAAAUAGUUGAACAUGGGAGGGAAUUGUUUUGAAAAAGGAUUUAAAAUGUAGCAGGAAUACCUACACAAGGGUAGAGAGAAACUAUGUCACUGAUGAUCCUGUGACAAGACUUCUUACAGUGUGAGUUAUUUAGAAAUGAACAGAAUUUGUAAUUAGGCUAAUCCAUUUAGUGAUUCCUAUAUAUUUUGUACUCACAGGGAACUAAUUGACUAAAUAACUUGAAUGCUAGUUGUUUGUCCUUUCUUAGACAAUCUAUCCUUAAAGUUUUCAUCAUUACAACUUUGAAUUUAUGACCUUGACUUUGAAUUUAGUCUUCAACUCUAUGAACCUUGAAUUUAAUUUAAAGUCUUCAGCACUAUGAUCUUGAACUUAAAGUCUUCAAUACUAGGUCCUUUGUUACAUUGUUCACAGAUGUAUCAUUUUUGAAAUGUAGUGUGUAAAAGUAUGUAUUGUGUUGUUUACUAACAAAAGGUUCUAUACCAUGUCUCAUGUAGUCUGAAUUUGUAAAUACUGCUUCUGUUUUGUUUCUCCUUUAUACACUUGACUGUCUUAACUUUGUGAUAAGUGACAUGAGUUUUAUGUUUUCCUGAAACAUGGAUUUUUUGGUAAUUAUAUAAUUGAGAGUUUGGAAUGAAAUUCACCAAGUGUCAAAAACUCACAUUUUAACAACAAAUUUUGGUUCCAA